UACUUAUUUUAUAGAAAGCACAGCACAGCUAAUAAUUAAGUUAAUAAACAGAGAUUUAUUUUACCAUGGUUGUUCAAAUAAGCCAUGGCGAGUCAGGGUCUAAUGAACUUCAAGAUUCAUCUUUUCCAAAAGAUAAUGAAAUGAUUCUUGUUGGCAAAAAACGAAAAAUUCGGUGCUACAGAAACAAUAAUUAUUCAUUAUAUAUUAUCAUCGCAGCUUUAGUUCUUUUGUGUAUUGUGUUGUCUGUUGGACUGCUUUUAAAGAUGUUACAUUCAAAGUCUUGUGAAGUUAUACAAUCUCGCUCUAAAAGAAACAUGGCUGAUUCAAUAAUGUUCUUUUGGCUAAGUGACAUUCAUUUAGAUAUAUUCUAUAAUAAUUCAAUAUCAACACACACUUCUUGCAGAAGCAUACAAAUAAAAAAUGAUACUAUUUACCCUAUUUCUUCCACAUAUAAAGCUUUAUAUGGAAUACCUGGGUGUGAUACACCUUUAGAAUUAUUGAAAUCUACUGCUAAUGAAAUGCAAAAGAUAAAUACCAACAUAAAAAAUUCUGCUGAGUUCGUUCUAGUAACUGGUGACCAAGCAGCUCAUGAUUAUGAUCAAUUUCAAGUUGAUGUUGAACAAAGUAUUUUUUUGUCUGCUAAUAAAACACUAAUUGAACUCUCUAGUGCUCUUCCCCUAACACCAAUUUUUUUAGUUGUAGGAAAUAACGAUAUUGUCUAUGAUUAUCAGCCUCCUGUUAAAGUAAAUGAUAGUUUUUAUAAAAAUUAUGCUGAGAUAAUGGAAUCAUUUAUGUUUAUAAGUACUGAUGUUGUUAAUAAUAAUGCAAUAAGUCAUUUCAGAGAAACAUUUUAUAUCGGUGGAUUUUAUAAAGUUUAUAUAAAAGAAGCCUCCAUAAUACUUCUAGUUUUAAACACAAACUAUUGGAUAACAAAAGCAUAUGAAAAUAAUCGUGAUGUUGUUAACAUUGGAAACAUUCAAAUGAGUUGGUUGAUUACUCAGUUGAAAGAGGCUCAAUUGAAAAACAAAAAAGUUAUAAUUACAGGACACAUUCCACCUGGGUGUUCAUCAUAUGAACUUCAUUGUAACAUGUGGUUGAGCAAUUACACAGAUAUUUAUUUAGAUAUAACAACGAAAAUUUACAAAAACAUUAUUGCAGUUCAGUUAUAUGGACACGCACAUCAAGAUAAAAUAAAGCUAUUAUACCAGAGUCAAAUAUUUCCUCCUAUCCCAGAUGAAAAUAUGAAAUCUUAUAUGCUUCUUGCUCCAAGUAUAACACCAGUUUAUCAAAAUAAUCCUGCUUUUAGAUUAGUUACUUUUAAUGAAGACAGAAAUAUUGCUGAUUAUGAUCAAUUUUAUUUUGAUUUAGUGUUAGCUAAUGUUCUUAAAAAACCUGUUUGGUACAAAGAAUAUUCCUUUUGCAAUGCGUAUAAUACUUCUACUGUUACCAUCGAUAGUUCAGAAAAUUUAGUGCAGUCUUUAGUCCAAGAUGUUCAAACGUGGGUUUUGUAUUCCAAACACAUGCUUGCAUCAUAUAGUAGUAAGAGUUCGUCCCAACGUUUCAUUGAAUAUUGUUCAUCAAUGUAUUUAACCUCAAAACCUUUCAAUGACUGUAUGAAUUUUUAUAAACUUGCAUAAAAGCAGUAUAGCUUAAAUUUAAUAAUUUUUUAAAAAUUAUUUAUUUUUCAGUGUAAAAAUAUUUAUGCACUUGUUUUUUAUUUUUUUAAAUAUUUAUAUUUUUUAAGAAUUGUUGUUUAUUGUAAAUACUGCAUACUCACGAAACUUUUUUAUUGAAGUCAUACUGAAAAAGGGAAAAGUGGAGCAUAUAGUGCAGUUUUUUUUUGUUUUUUUUUGACGAACUGCAGUUUAUUAUUUGUAAAUUAUGUGUUAAUAAAUAUGUUUUUUAAAAA